GUUCUGCCUGUGAAGUAAGAAAUGUUUUUGCAGCUGGCCAAAGGAAUGCUUUAUUUCUUUCUAACGGGACUUGGGAUUGUAGGGAACAUCUCUGUUUUUGUGCAUUAUAUAUGCAGUUUUGGGGGAGGCACUGAGAAGAUAUCUAUACAAUUAAUUCUCAUCGAUGUGGUUUUUACAAAUAUCAUAAUGCUUCUUUCCAAAGGAUUGCCAAGGACAAUAGCAGCUUUUGGUUUGAGAAACUUCCUAGAUGAUAUAGGCUGUAAGACGGUUGUUUAUCUGGAGAGGUUGUCCAGAGGCCUUUCAAUGUGCACUAGCAGUCUCCUUACAGCGAUCCAGGCCAUCAUUAUUAGUCCCGGAGUCUCUGGAUGGAGGAGACUCAAGCUGAGUUCUGCAAGGCACAUCCUUCCCUUCUUGCUGUUCUUUUGGAUCCUCAACUCCUUGAUUAGCAUGAACUUGUUAAAUUCCACCACAGAUGCCAGCAUAAACACAUCACAAAGUAAUAAAAAUGACUACUAUUGUAAUGUUGUACUAGAAAAUCAGAAAGUAAACAGCAUUUUUCUCACUCUCAUGGUUGUGAGAGAUGUUGUAUCUCAGAGCAUCAUGGGUGGAGCCAGUGGCUACAUGAUAUUUCUUCUCUACAGGCACCACCAGCAUGUCCUCUACCUUCACAACUCCAAGUUUCUCUACAAAACUCCUCCUGAGAUAAAAGCUGCUCAAAGUGUUCUCCUUCUGAUGAUUUGUUUUCUUUUCUUUUAUUGGACAGACUGCUUGAUUUGUUUAUAUUUAACUUUUUCCUUUGAAAGUAAUUCUAUAAUAGUAUACAUUCAAGAGUUUUUGACCCUUGGGUAUGCAAUUCUCAGCCCCUUUGUGCUGAUUCACAGAGAUGGACAUCUGUCUGAAUAUUGUCAUGCUCAGUGA